GUCCUUACUCGGAAAGGUUUUUGUUUUGUUGAUGUUCGCUUUCUGUAGUGUUUUUUUUUUUGCAUUAUGCAGGAGUUGGGCUGCAUUUUGGAUUAAUGUAUUGAAUUAACAACCUGUUUGCUACGAUAGUGUGCCGUAGCCGCUUCUGGUAAGAUUCGUUUGUCUAUUUUUUUAUUACUCCCAGUGAGUGAAAUUGAUCCUGAUGGCGAAUGACCGACUGCGAGCUUUGGAAGAGGUGGAGAAUCAAAUUGCAACGAUUCUGCAGUGCGCUGGCAACAUUGUGUUGGAGCUGUCUAAAGACAAGCACAACGCCAGUUUCCUGGACAGACAGCUCAGCCAGUUUACUGGAUCCGUCAACAGAGUGGAGACUGAGCUCAGCUCACAGAUCAGAUACCUCACACAGGUUGCCACAGGCCAGCCCCACGAAGGCUCCACAUACUCAGCCAGGAAAGACUGUCAGAUGGCCUUGAACCGAGCAGAAUAUGCCAGGGUCAAACUGGGAGAGCUGGGACGCACCUGCGAAGUCAUGCUGGAUCCACAACCCUGAGAGAGCACACAUGGUCGGCACUCGGCAGAGCGCAGUAGGUGGAUGUUUCCAUCGCUUGCUGUCACCAUGGUGUUUUAGGACCACCUGCCGAAGAGAGGUGGGGACUGAAAUACUUUUAUUUUAUUUUUGUAUGAUAUCAGUCAAAUGUAUCUGGCAAUGUUCUGUAAUAAAGUUAGUGUUUCAUUA